AUGGCGGACCAGGCGCCGCAAGUUCCCGAGGACUUGUUCAGGGAGGUCAAGUACUACGCGGUGGGCGACAUCGACCCGCAGGUUAUUCAGCUUCUGAAGGCUGGGAAGGCUAAGGAAGUGUCCUAUAACGCACUGGCCUCGCACAUCAUUUCUGAGGAUGGGGACAACCCGGAGGUCGGGGAGGCCCGGGAAGUCUUUGAUUUACCUGUUGUGAAGCCGUCCUGGGUGGUUCUGUCUGUGCAGUGUGGAGUGCUCCUGCCAGUCAACGGAUUUUCUCCCGAGUCCUGCCAGACCUUUUUUGGAGUCAUAGCCUGCCUGUCCCAGGUGUCACCUGAAGACAGGAGCGCCCUGUGGGCCCUGCUGACCUUCUACGGGGGGGCCUGCCAGCUGAGCCUCAACAAGAGGUGCACCCACCUGGUCGUGCCAGAGCCGAAGGGGGAGAAGUAUGAGUGUGCCCUGCGGAGAGCAAAUAUCAAAAUUGUGACCCCCGACUGGGUCCUGGAUUGCAUAUCUGAGAAAACCAAAAAGGAUGAAGCAUUUUAUCACCCGCGCCUAAUCGUUUAUGAAGAGGAGGAGGAGGAGGAAGAAGAGGAGGAGGAGGUGGACCAUGAGGAGCACGGCUCCCCGAACGAGGGCAGUACGGAUGACAAAUCGAGCCCUGUCAGUUCUCAGGAAGGGUCCCCUUCAGGGGACCAGCAGUUCUCUCCUAAGUCAAACCCUGAGAAAGCUAAGGGGGAGCUGAUGUUUGACGAUUCCUCAGACUCGUCCCCUGAGAAGCAAGAGAGAAACCUGAACUGGACCCCCGCGGAGGUCCCCCAGGUGUCGGCGGCGAAGCGCAGGCUGCCUACGGGCAAGGAGCCCGGCCUGAUCAACCUGUGUGCCAACGUGCCGCCCGUCCCCGGGGGCAUCCUGCCUCCCGACAGCCGCGGGGGCCUGAUGACCUCGGGACCGAAUCUCCAGAGUGCGGAGAGGUCGGACAUGCUGGCCGCCUGGAGCCCCGCCGUGCGGACGCUGAGAAGCAUCCCUGGCAGCGCCGACGGUCAGCAGGUGAGCAGGCCGUCCAGCGUGGCCCACAUCUUACAGUCCCUUUCAGCUCCUACAAAACACAUGGAGCAGCAGGGGAAUCACAGCCAACAGGGCCACGCGAACAACGCAGUGCUCUUCAGCCAAGUGAAAGUGCCUCCGGAGCCACAGCUGCCCCAGCAGCCGCCGCAGCACCCCGUCCUGCACCUGCCACCCCAGCAAAUCAUGCAGCUCCAGCAGCCGCCGCAGAUCCCACAGCAGCCCCAGCCGGGCCCUCCCCACCAGUUCCCACAGCCGCAACCUCACCGUCCGCAGCAGCUCCAGCCCCUGCAGCAGCAGCAUGCUCUGCAUCACCAGCUGCACCAGCUGCAGCAGCAACAGCUGGCACAGUUACAGCAGCAGCAGCUGCAGCGCCUGCACCACCAGCAGCAGAUGCAGACGCACGCAGCACAGCACCUGAGUCAGACGCCGCAGGUGCUACAGCACCAGGCUUCACAGCACCAGGCUCCACCCCUGCAGCCCCAGCAGCCGCACCUGCCCCAGCAGCCGCACCUGCCCCAGCAGCCUCAUCUACCCCAGCAGCCUCAUCUGCCCCAACAGCCUCAUCUGCCCCAACAGCCUCACCUGCCCCCGCAGCCUCACCUGCCCCAGCAGCCUCACCUGCCCCAGCAGCCUCACCUGCCCCAGCAGCCUCACCUGUCUCAGCAGCCGCUCUUCGGACACGACCCAGCAGUGGAGAUUCCAGAAGAAGGCUUCUUGCUGGGGUGUGUGUUUGCCAUUGCGGAUUACCCAGAGCAGAUGUCCGAUAAACAGCUGCUGGCCACCUGGAAAAGGAUCAUCCAGGCGCACGGCGGCACCGUGGACCCCACACUCUCCAGCCGCUGCACGCACCUGCUCUGCGAGAGCCAGGUCAGCGGGAUGUUCGCGCAGGCCCUCAGGGAGCGGAAGCGGUGCGUCACGGCACAUUGGCUCAACUCCGUGCUCAAGAGGAAGAAGAUGCUGCCCCCCCGCCGUGCCCUGCACUUCCCCGUGGCCUUCCCCCCUGGGGGCAGGCCCUGCUCCCAGCACAUUAUUUCUGUGACUGGGUUUGUUGACGGUGACAGAGAUGACCUGAAGUUAAUGGCCUACCUGGCAGGGGCCAAAUACACAGGCUACCUGUGCCGCAGCAACACGGUUCUCAUCUGUAAAGAGCCAGCUGGUUUAAAGUAUGAAAAAGCCAAAGAGUGGAGGAUCCCCUGCGUGAAUGCUCAGUGGCUCGGGGACAUUCUGCUGGGGAACUUCGAGGCCCUGCGGCAGGUCCAGUGCAGCCGCUACACGGCGGCGUUCAAUCUGCCCGACCCCUUCGCCCCCAGCCCGCACCUCGUGGUCAAUCUGCUGGAUGCCUGGAGAGUCCCGCUGAAGGUUUCGCCCGAGCUGUUGACGGUUGUAAGACCUCCCCCCAAACCGAAGCAGAACGAAGUAACGAACAUCCAGCCUUCUUCCAAGAGAGCCAGGAUUGAGGACAUACCACCUCCCACUAAAAAGCUAGCGCCCGAGCUGGCGCCUUCCGUGCUGUUCACGGGGUUCGAGCCUGUGCAGGUGCAGCAGUACGUCAAGAAGCUCUACAUUCUCGGGGGCGACAUUGCGGAGUCUGCGCACAAGUGCACGCACCUGAUCGCCAGCAAGGUGACGCGCACGGUCAAGUUCCUGACGGCUGUGUCCGUGGUGAGGCACAUCGUGACACCCGAGUGGCUGGACGAAAGCCUGAAGUGCCAGAAGUUCAUCGACGAGCAGAGCUACCUGCUGCGGGACGCCGAGGCCGAGGUGCUCUUCUCCUUCAGCCUGGAGGAGUCCUUAAAGAGGGCGCACGUGUCUCCGCUCUUCAAGGCAAAAUACUUUUACAUCACUCCCGGCAUCUGCCCCAGCCUGUCGACGAUGAAAGCGAUUGUGGAGUGUGCGGGAGGAAAGGUGCUGUCCAGGCCCCCGUCCUUCCGGAAGCUCCUGGAACACAAGCAGAAUAAGAGCCUGUCCGAGAUCGUCCUCAUCUCCUGCGAGAACGACCUGCACCUGUGCCGGGAGUACUUUGCCCGCGGCCUCGAUGUUCACAACGCGGAGUUCGUGCUCACGGGGGUGCUCACGCAGACGCUGGACUACGAGUCAUAUCCUUUGUGA